GUUUCUCUCAGUCAAAUAUCUAUUUAUAAAUAACAUUUCCGUAGGCGUAGGACAGGUAGUAUUUUCCGACUGUCAGUGUAAAAUUUAAAGCUUAAGAAAUGGUGGACAUGAGGACAAAUGUGAAUUUUGCGUGUCAACGAUGUUUACAACCCCUCAGACUCGAUCCCAGUUUUAAUCAUCUAGGAGAGCACACACUAGCUGAACUUUCAUUACCAAUCCAACAACAAGUUGUAGGAGACAUUGAGCCUCAAAGUGGAAGUUUAGAGCACUUGGUACCACCUUUUAGACUGACUGACUCAGCAAACGGUACAAAUGGAUUUAUGGUUGUUGGUGACUCGGGUGAAACAGAAAGCCUAAGUCAUCAUUUAAGGGUAAGAGCCACAUUAUUCGAUAUACUUAGUAGUAGUAGUUCUGCCGAUCAUCCGCUAUGCGACGAAUGCACGGACACACUUCUGAUGCUGAUGGAUCAACAGCUCAGAUUAACAGAAAGCGAAUGGUCCGAUUACAAUGAAUACCUAAAAAAAUUGGAAGCAGAGCAGCAACAGCAAGGAAAUGAAGAUGUGGAAUUGGAAAUUUUGGCGAAAGAGCUGCAGGACGUGAAAGCUGAGGAAGAGAGAAUGAUCAGCGAAUUGGAGGCUUUGAGGAAGGAGGAGGCUGCCACAAAAAGUGCAAUUGAGCAACAGGAACGGGAACGGGACAGACUGCAGAGUGAGGAAGAACGAUAUUGGAGAGAAUAUUCGAGACACAGGAGGGAUCUCAUGUUAGGAGAGGACGAAUCGCGGAGUUUGGACUGUCAACUGGCCUAUGCGUCGUCGCAACUGGAAAGACUGAAAAAGACAAACGUUUUCAACGCAACCUUUCACAUCUGGCACUCCGGUCACUUUGGCACAAUAAACUCCUUCCGAUUGGGAAGGCUACCGAGUGCGCCCGUUGACUGGAGUGAGAUAAAUGCAGCUUGGGGACAAGCAACUCUUCUUUUAACAGCCCUCGCUCGGAAGAUCAACUUAACUUUCCAGAGGUUUCAACUCGUACCGCGUGGAAAUCACAGUUACAUCAAGGUCCUAGGUCAAAAUAUAGAGCUUCCUCUACACUGCAGUGGGGGCUUCAAGUUCCUGUGGGACACGAAAUUCGAUUCAGCGAUGGUGGCUUUCUUGGAUUGUUUGCAACAAUUCAAGGAGAAGGUGGAAAAGGGUGAUAGCGGAUUUUCUCUUCCUUAUAGGAUGGACAGAGGGAAGAUCGAGGAUUCGGCUACGGGGAAUUCCUAUUCUAUCAAGAUUCAAUUCAAUUCCGAAGAGCAAUGGACAAAGGCCUUAAAAUAUGUCUUGACAAAUUUAAAGUGGGGUCUUGCUUGGGUUAGCACUCAGUUUACAAAAGAUGAUAUUGAACACUAGAUCUCAUUAAUUUUCAUAAUUGUGUUCCAAAACUGCUGAGUAUUUCACUGGCGAUUGUACAUAGAACUUGAGUGUAAAUAAAAUCAAUUUGAGAUAAAAA